GAAGGUAUAAUUCAACCAGGUUUAUCUCUAUAGUAACUGAGAUCUUGUCACCACCGUGAACCUAGAAACAAUUGGGAGUUAUUUCAUUGUGAAUUGAAAUAAUGAUGAAAGGCUUAGUUCUUAUCUUGGCCUUUAUUUGUUUCCCCGUUUUUACUUCCCAACCACUUUCUUAUUCUUCCCUAACCUGCCCUCAACCUUUCGUUACUGAUGCAACAAUUCCAGUAUUGAAUUCUUUAGUAGAAGGUCUACCUUUACCAAUGAAGGAUGCUUUCAAUACGUGUAGAGAAGCUGUUCUACCUGGAUUAACAGACAACGAGUUUGUUGGCAAAUUAUGCACAGUGUUUCAAGAGUUCCAUGAAUGUGUGAUGAAUAAGACGGGAGGCUUAGAAGGCUUCUUCAACAGUCCAUUUUUGGUAUCGCUAAGGAAUAUCAUUAAUAAACAAUUUGAAAUGGUAUGGUCAAUGAUGACAAAUAUUUUUGGCGAAGGCGGUCCAAUUGGGAGUUUGUUUCAACCUGACCGACAAAACCCUCUGUUUUCAAGUAUAGGAAAUAUGUUCAACAGAAUGUUCCGUCAAAAUGCUGAUUCAACAAUAUAA